GCGUGGCAGAGGCACCGCCAGCCUCGUCGCGAAGUUUCCAGGCUGCUAGCACCGCGGGGGCGGCCGGACGUCCCCCCAUCCUGGCUAUGCGGCCCCUGCUGCUCCUGGCCCCGCUGGGCUGGCUGCUUCUGGCCGAAGCGAAGGGAGACGCCAAGCCGGAGGACAACCUUUUAGUUCUCACGGUGGCCACGAAGGAGACGGAGGGGUUCCGACGAUUUAAGCGCUCAGCCCAGUUCUUCAAUUACAAGAUCCAGGCACUGGGCCUGGGAGAGGACUGGAAAGGAGAGAAGGCAUCAUCAGCCGGUGGAGGGCUGAAGGUUCGGCUGCUGAAGAAAGCUCUGGAGAAGCACGCAGACAAGGAGAACCUGGUCAUUCUCUUCAUAGACAGCUACGACGUGGUGUUUGCAUCCGGGCCCCGCGAGCUCCUGAAGAAGUUCCGGCAGGCCAGGAGCCAGGUGGUCUUCUCCGCGGAGGAGCUCAUCUACCCGGACCGCAGGCUGGAGGCCAAGUACCCCGAGGUGGCUGAUGGCAAGCGGUUCCUGGGCUCUGGAGGCUUCAUCGGUUAUGCCCCCAACCUCAGGAAACUGGUGGCCGAAUGGGAGGGCCAGGACAGUGACAGUGACCAGCUGUUUUACACCAAGAUCUUCUUGGACCCAGAGAAGAGGGAACGGAUCAAUAUCACCCUGGACCACCGCUGCCGCAUCUUCCAGAACCUGGAUGGAGCCUUGGAUGAGGUUGUGCUGAAGUUUGAAAUGGGCCACGUUCGAGCUCGGAAUCUGGCCUACGACACUCUUCCGGUCCUGAUUCAUGGCAAUGGGCCCACCAAGCUGCAGCUGAACUACCUGGGCAACUACAUCCCGCGCUUCUGGACCUUCGAGACGGGCUGCGCCGUGUGCGAGGAGGGUCUGCGAAGCCUCAAGGGCAUCGGGGAUGAAGCUCUGCCUGUAGUCCUGGUCGGCGUGUUCAUCGAACAGCCCACGCCGUUCCUGUCCCUGUUCUUCCAGCGGCUCCUGCGCCUCCACUACCCGCAGAAACGGAUGCGGCUUUUCAUUCACAACCACGAACAACACCACAAGGCUCAGGUGGAGCAGUUCCUGGCCGAGCAUGGCGACGAGUACCAGUCUGUGAAACUGGUGGGCCCCGAGGUGCGGGUGGCGAACGCUGAUGCCCGGAACAUGGGCGCGGACUUCUGCCGGCAGGACCAUGGCUGCACCUACUACUUCAGCGUGGAUGCCGACGUGGCCUUGACCGAGCCCAAAAUCCUGCGACUGCUGAUUGAGCAGAACAAGAACGUCAUCGCCCCAUUGAUGACCCGCCAUGGGAGGCUAUGGUCGAACUUCUGGGGGGCACUGAGUGCCGAUGGCUACUACGCUCGCUCUGAGGACUACGUGGACAUCGUGCAGGGGCGGCGUGUUGGCGUCUGGAACGUGCCUUACAUCUCGAACAUCUACCUGAUCAAGGGCAGUGCCCUGCGGACUGAGCUGCAACAGACAGACCUGUUCCACCACAGCAAGCUGGACCCUGACAUGGCCUUCUGCGCCAACAUCCGGCAGCAGGACGUAUUCAUGUUCCUGACUAACCGGCACACCUUUGGCCACCUGCUCUCCUUGGACAACUACCAGACCACCCACCUCCACAACGACCUCUGGGAGGUGUUCAGCAACCCUGAGGACUGGAAGGAGAAAUACAUCCAUGAGAACUACACCAAGGCGCUGGCGGGGAAGCUGGUGGAGACGCCUUGCCCGGAUGUCUACUGGUUCCCCAUCUUCACGGAGACGGCCUGUGACGAGCUGGUGGAGGAGAUGGAGCAUUAUGGCCAGUGGUCUCUGGGAGAUAACAAGGACAACCGCAUCCAGGGCGGUUACGAAAACGUGCCGACCAUCGACAUUCACAUGAACCAGAUCAACUUUGAGCGGGAGUGGCACAAGUUUCUGGUGGAGUACAUCGCCCCCAUGACGGAGAAGCUCUACCCCGGCUACUACACCAGGGCUCAGUUCGACCUCGCCUUCGUGGUCCGCUACAAGCCCGACGAGCAGCCCUCGCUGAUGCCACACCACGACGCCUCCACCUUCACCAUCAACAUCGCCCUGAACAGGGUCGGUGUGGAUUACGAGGGCGGGGGCUGCCGGUUCCUGCGCUACAACUGCUCCGUCCGAGCCCCGCGGAAGGGCUGGACCCUCAUGCACCCCGGGAGACUCACCCACUACCACGAGGGGCUCCCCACCACCAAGGGCACCCGCUACAUCGCAGUCUCCUUCGUCGAUCCCUAACGGGCCAGGCCCAGCCACCUCGGACCGUUUCCUCUCUGCCAACAACCACUGUCCAGCAGCCUCUGGGGCCUCGGGGUCCCAGGGAACCUGGUCUGGCCUCCGGGUUCUUGACUUCCCAUUGUUCUCGGAGCUGCCCUGGGAGAGACUGGGCUGCAGGCCAGAGGUGGGAACACCUCAGCGGGGCCUUUCCCGGGAUUCAGGAGCCAGCCCGGGACAGGCUGUUCACUUUCACUGUUGUACCAGCUCAUCCCUUCCUACUUGUCUCCCUGAAAAUCCCAGCCCCCCUCCUCCAUUUCUUCAAUCAGUGACACUUGAGCAGAACAGGGGCUUACCCAGCUGCCCAGAGAGACUUUGGGGGCGUGGAGAGACACCCCAGAGCUUCUCCCAGGAAAGCGGCAGCCCCGGGGCCUCCAGCUUCAAGCUUCAGGGUGGACACAGAGACCUGGAUCAGACAAGUCCUCACUCUGACUCUGGGGCUGCUGAAGCCCCUUCUUUCUUGGCUCCUGCAAUGGGAGCAAAACGUCGAGCCCUGGAGACGACUCAGCAAGCCUCCUGGAAGACGGGAAAGGCAUGGACGCCACGCUCCCUCCUCUACUUGACCUUGCUGGGGGGCAAGGGGUGAUAUGUCCACACACUGCACUGCGUCACCCUGUCCCGGGUGUCUCUGGAGAGAGGGACAGACAGAAACAGGAGCGUUUCUAUUAAAAGUCAUUCACACCA